AUGAGAGCUGGCCCGCACGCGGCGCUGAGUUGCUCCUCAGCGGAGCACCCUUUGCAUGCGCUGCUCAAAUCAUGCAGGAGCAUCAGGCAGCUCAAGGAGGCCCACGCUCACGUCAUAAAGGAAGACCCGUUGCCCUUCGACGGCUCCGCCGCCAGCUUCCUGCUCUCGGCAUACGCGGUCUCUCCCCAUGGGAACGUUGAUUACGCCCUGUCGAUCUUCGGCCGUGUUCAAAAGCAAAGCAUCUUCCUAUGGAACUCCGUCAUACGAGGGCUCUCUACGGGCAGGAAGCCGGAGGAUGCCGUGCUCUUCUUCGCCGACAUGCUCCGGGGGGGAUUGCGGCCGAACAACUACACCUUCCCGUUCCUGAUCAAAGCUUGCACGGAGGCCUCUCUGAUCCGAUGCGGAGUCUCCGUCCACAGUCUCGUCGUCAAGAACGGGCUAGAGUCGGAUACCUACAUACGGAGUACUCUGAUUCGCCUCUACGGGGGCGGCAAGGACCUGGGCGGUGCGCGAAAGCUGUUCGACGAAUGUUCCGACGGAGACGUGGUCUCUUGGAAUUCCAUGAUCGACGGGUACGUCAAAUGCGGAGAGCUCGACCUUGCGCGCUCCGUCUUCGACAGGAUGAUCUCCAGGGAUAUCAUCUCCUGGAACACGAUAAUCAAUGGCUAUGGCCUCCUCGGAGAUCUGAGGGAGGCCCGGAAUCUGUUCGAGCAAAUGCCGCGCCGCAACGUGGUCUCCUGGAACUCCAUCCUCGCCGGUCACGCCAAGUGUGGUGACGUCGACGGCGCUCGCAAGAUAUUCGGGGAGAUGCCUCAGAGGGAUGUCGUGUCCUGGAACGCGAUGCUGGCUUGCUACGCGCAAAGCGGGCGGCCCGGUGAAGCCCUCGAGCUCUUCAACCUGAUGCGCCGUGAGAAGGUAAAGCCGACCGACGCGACGAUCGUCAGCCUGCUCUCGGCGUGCGUCCACCUGGGAGCGCUGGAGCAGGGACAGGUCAUUGAAGCCUACAUGAGAGACAACGGCAUAGAUAUCAACACCAUCCUGGGCACCGCUCUCGUCGACAUGUACGGCAAAUGUGGGGACAUCCGGCGCGCGGAGGAGAUCUUUCGAGCUCUCGAGCAAAAGGACGUGCUCGCGUGGAACACCAUCAUCGCCGGCAUGUCUAUGCACGGGCAUGCACGCGAAGCACUCGGGGUUUUCGAGGAGAUGGCGGCGAACGGCCCCGCGCCAGAUGAUAUCACCUUUGUUGCAGUCCUCAGCGCGUGUAGCCACUCGGGCAUGGUGGACAGGGGCCGACAGCUGCUGAACUUAAUGGAGACGACCUACGGGAUCGACCCGAAGGUGGAGCACUACGGAUGCCUCAUCGACCUUCUUGCUCGAGCAGGGUUGCUGGAAGAAGCUCUGGAUGUGAUAGGGAGCAUGCCGAUGGCGCCCAAUCCCGAAGCCUGGGGAGCGUUACUCGGAGGGUGCAGGAUCCACGGGAACGUCGAUGUAGGGGAGGCCGCAGGGAGGCGCCUUCUCAAGCUUCAGCCCGAGCACAGUGGUCGGUAAGUAGCGGAAAAAGCCGCCGGUGCUGUCCUCCUCCCCCUCCUUUGGUUCUGACUGUGGGACCUCCCAUUCUCGACAGUUAUGUCUUGCUGUCGAACAUAUAUGCGGCUGCGAGGAGAUGGGACGAGGCCAGAAAGGUGAGGCAGCUGAUGGAUGCGAGAGGCGUGGUGAAGUCCCCUGGCGUGAGCAUGUUGGAAUCGGACGGUGUGGUGCACCAGUUUGUGGUCAGCGAUCGGUCGCACCCAGAGGCUGAUGCCAUCCGCGAGAAGCUCUCGGAGAUGUGCAGAAGGCUGAAGGUCGAGGUCGGGUACUCCCCCCACACCGAUCAGGUGAUGUUCGACGUAGAAGAGGAGGAGAAGGAGCACGCGCUGGUCGUCCACAGUGAGAAGCUGGCCGUCGCGUUCGGCUUGCUGGUCGUGAAACCAGGCGCCGCCAUCAGGGUGGUGAAGAACCUCCGGAUCUGCGGAGAUUGCCAUCACUUCAUGAAGCUCGUCUCCAGUGUCUAUGGCCGAGAGAUAAUUAUGAGGGACCGGAAUCGCUUCCACCGGUUCUCCAGCGGGAGAUGCUCUUGUGUGGACUAUUGGUGA